AUGUGGCGCCCCGCGUCGGUACCUGUUGCUGCAGCGGCCGCUGCUGCAAUCACGGCGCUCUCCGUGCGUCGCCUCGCCUCCUCCUCCUCCCUAUCGCGCGUAAUUCGCCGUGCUCCUGGCAGCGUGGGGGACCUUGUCUCGUCCUUGGAGACGCCCUGCCUGCUGGUGGACCUGGACGCUCUGGAAGACAACCUCAAGCGUCUCCCAGAGUCGCUGAAAUCUUAUCCGCACGUCGCGAUCCGUCCACAUGCCAAGGCCCACAAGUCCUCCUCAGUUGGACAGUUGCAGCUGCAAAUGUCUCACGCAGUGGGACUCUGCUGCCAGAAGGUCGGAGAGGCCGAAGCCAUGUUCAACGGCGGCGUGCGCGACCUGCUGCUGAGCAACGAAGUGUACGGCGAGAGGCGCUACGAGCGCAUGGCGCGGCUGGUCCAGGGCGGCGCCCAAGUGACGCUCAUCUUCGACAGCGUCGAGACGGUGCAACAGGCCGCCAAAGUCGCGGAGGACACAAACGUCCACUUCCGCGCGCUGGUGGAGGUGAACGUGGGCCAAGACCGAUGCGGAGUGGACACAGUGGAGGAAGCUGUCCACCUGGCCAAGACGAUCGACUCCUUCGCCCCUCGACUGCGGAUGGUGGGCAUCCAGGCGUACCAUGGCGCGGCGCAGCACAUUCGUAGUUAUGAUGAGAAGAAGAAGGUGAUCGCUGCUGUGGCUGAGAAGGCCAAGACUGUGCGUGACGCAUUGCUGGAGCAAGGCUUGAAGUGUGACGUGGUGACGGGCGGAGGCACGGGCACGUACCUGCUAGAAGCGGCCAGCGGAGUGUUCACCGAGGUGCAGCCGGGCUCGUACCUGUUCAAUGACGCCGACUACGCGCGCAACCGUGGACAAGACGGAGAGUUUGUGCACGACUGGAAGCAGAGUUUGUACGUGCUGACGGCGGUCAUGAGCAAGAAUGACAAGGCUGCGGUGCCGCGUGCUGUCGUUGAUGCUGGAACGAAGGCGGUGUCGCUCGACUCUGGAUCGCCGCUGGUGCACUCGUUCGUUGGUGGGGAAGAGUUGGCCACCACGCUCGAAUACCAUGGCGGAGGCGAUGAGCAUGGAAUUUUGAAGCCUCAGCUCAACGCUAUGGGGAAAGUAACGCUUCCAGCUCUCGGCAGCCAGUUGCUCCUCGUUCCUGGGCACUGCGAUCCUACCACCAACAUGUACGACCACCUUGUGGGUUUCCGCGGCGACCGCGUUGAACACGUCUGGGAGAUCGAGGCUCGCGGGCCUGGCAACUAA